GGCGGCGGCGGCCGGUCCUGAGCGGGGUGCGCGGCCAUGAGGAGGCGGCGGGCCGGCCGCGGGCCUCGGACCCUUCCCCCCCUCCUCCUCCUCCUCCUCCUGCCGCCGCUGCUGCUGCUGCUGCAGGUCCUGCCCGCCGCCGGGAGGUCGGGCCCGGCCGCCCUGGGACCCCGCGCCGGGCCCGGCCUCAGUCUCUACUUGAGCGAGGACGAGGUGCGCAGGCUCAUCGGUCUUGAUGCCGAACUGUAUUAUGUGAGAAAUGAUCUUAUUAAUCACUACGCACUGUCCUUUAACCUGCUGGUUCCCAGUGAGACCAACUGUCUUCAUUUUACAUGGUUUUCAAAAUCCAAGGUUGGAUAUAAACUGGGAUUUCAGACAGAUAAUCCUGCAGCUAUGGAUGUGCCCCAAGUCAACAUUUCUGUUCAGGGAGAGGUCCCUCGCACUUUAUCAGUGUUUCGGGUGGAACUCUCCUGCACCGGCAAAAUUGAUUCCGAAGUGACGAUUCUCAUGCAGCUCAACCUGACAAUAAAUUCUUCUAAAAAUUUCACAGUCUUAAAUUUCAAACGAAGGAAAAUGUGCUACAAAAAACUUGAAGAAGUAAAAACUCCAACAUCCGACAGAAACAGCAGCAGAACUAUUUAUGACCCUGUAAAUGCAGCUCCUACCACUUCCACUCGAGUGUUUUAUAUCAGCGUAGGAGUUUGCUGUGCUGUGAUAUUCCUGGUAGCAAUAAUAUUAGCUGUUUUGCACCUUCAUAGUAUGAAAAGAAUUGAGCUGGAGGACAGUAUAAGCGACAGCAGUAGCUCACAAGGUUUGUCUCAGCCGUCCACGCAGACGACUCAGUACCUGAGAGCCGACACCCCCAAUAACGCCACACCCGUCACCAGCUCCUCAGGUUAUCCUACACUGCGGAUAGAGAAGAAUGACCUUAAAAGUGUCACCCUUAUGGAAGCCAAAGCUAAGGUGAAGGAUAUAGCAAUCUCCAGGGAGAGGAUAACCCUAAAAGACGUACUUCAAGAAGGUACAUUUGGACGUAUCUUCCUGGGAAUUUUAAUUGAUGAAAAAGAUCCUAACAAAGAAAAACAAGCAUUUGUGAAAACAGUCAAAGAUCAAGCUUCUGAAAUUCAGGUGACAAUGAUGCUCACAGAAAGCUGUAAGCUACGUGGUCUUCAUCACAGGAAUCUUCUUCCCAUCACCCACGUCUGUAUAGAGGAGGGGGAAAAGCCCAUGGUGGUAUUACCAUACAUGAACUGGGGGAACCUGAAGCUCUUUUUACGGCAGUGCAAGUUAGUAGAGGCCAAUAAUCCCCAGGCAAUUUCCCAACAGGACCUUGUACAUAUGGCCAUUCAGAUUGCCUGUGGAAUGAGCUACUUGGCCCGGAGAGAGGUCAUUCACAAAGACCUGGCUGCUAGAAACUGUGUCAUUGACGAUACGCUUCAGGUAAAGAUCACAGACAACGCGUUAUCCAGAGACUUGUUCCCCAUGGACUAUCACUGCCUGGGAGAUAAUGAAAAUAGACCCGUCCGGUGGAUGGCUCUUGAAAGUCUAGUUAAUAACGAGUUCUCCAGUGCUAGUGAUGUGUGGGCCUUUGGAGUGACGCUGUGGGAGCUGAUGACUCUGGGCCAGACUCCAUACGUGGAUAUCGAUCCCUUUGAGAUGGCUGCUUAUCUUAAAGAUGGCUACCGAAUAGCUCAGCCAAUAAACUGCCCUGAUGAACUGUUUGCUGUGAUGGCCUGUUGUUGGGCCUUGGAUCCUGAGGAGAGACCCAAGUUCCAGCAGCUGGUACAGUGUCUCACUGAAUUUCACGCCGCUCUGGGAGCCUACGUCUGAAUCUCGUGGCCGGGGGAAAUGGCGCUUCCAUUUCCCCCUUGGACCCUCUUAUAAACACUAAGUGUAUAAAGCCACGCCAACGGGAGAAGACCCUUCUUCCAAAACACUGUGCCUUAGAAUGCUUUAGUACUCUGAAGUUUUUAUUUUUUUUUUAAAAGACAUCUUGAUAAGGUUGAGUAUUUUCUAGAUAUUAUGACUUUUACUAAGACGAAUUGAAAAAAAACACUAUUUGUCAAAAGGAUUCUUAAAAACAUAGUGAUAGUGGACUUGGACCCCAGAUGGUUGGACUUUUGCACUCUGACAAAGGACGCAAAUGUUAAAACUUUGUACUUAUAAAUAUUUGGAAUAGCUAUUUUAGUAUCAGUGCUUUUCUUUUGUGACUUCUAAGUAAUGGUGGAUCUUUGAGUUCCUUUUCUUUUUUUCUUUUUGAAUCUCUUCGAGCUCUGGGAACAGCUUGACUUGGAGAGGCGCUGUCAGAAGGAACAAAGUAGUUGGUAGAGUUAACGCUUCCCCCUCUACUUUGGGCCCGAGAGGAAAUUCACUGGUGGAAGAAACCCCAGAAGUAACCCUCCUUCACAUCUGAACGUUUCUAAUCUCAAAUUCCAACUUGCCAUUUCCCUGUUGAAAAAGUUCUGCUUGUUUUCUUAGAGGGAAAAGGAAGGUAAUUAGGUGCCGAAGUGGGCUUUGAUCUGCCUCAGAACCUCAGGCCAGGAAUAAUGUCUGGUGGAUCAGUUGUGAAGAUUGUUAACUUUUAUUUAUUUUAUGAUCUGGGUAGCACAGGUGGUAAGCUCCUUGAGGUUAGGGACAGAAUCUCCAUCACACUAUAUCAAAAAGCUCCAGGACACGCAGUUUGGGGGUGGGUUUCAUUGUAAAUUUUGUGCUCACAUCCGCCAGGCUGACUGAAGUAUAUGAAACUGUUUUAAAACACACUUUAAAACGAUUAAAGGAUUUGUUUCGUAUUCUUACAA